AACUGGUGACAAACUAAAUUUUCAGACCAUAACAAAACAUUAACCUGGAACGUUCUAUUUACUCUCUUUUUGGCACUGCUUCUAGACAACAGCAAUAAUGUUUCAGUUUGGGUUUAACAUGUUCCCGGAGGUGCCCAGACCUUUCAACUGCAACUAUCGCUGCUACUCGGUGGCGAUGUUGCCAGGAAACGAGAGACAGGAUGUGGAGAAGGGUGGAAAAAUUAUUAUGCCACCAUCUGCUCUCGAGACAUUGACAAGGCUUAACAUAAAUUACCCUAUGUUGUUCAGGUUGACUAAUAAAAAGACUUCGAGGACUACCCAUGGUGGUGUGUUGGAAUUCAUUGCAGAUGAGGAGAAUGUUUAUCUUCCUUUAUGGAUGAUGAAUAAUUUGGUGCUGGAGGAAGGUGAUAUGUUGCAAGUUGAAUCUGUUUCAUUGCCGGUGGGAACGUUCUCAAAGUUCCAGCCUUUAUCUCCGGACUUCUUAGAUAUUACAAAUCCGAAAGCGGUGCUGGAGAAUUGCCUUCGAACGUUCGCCUGCCUCACGAUGGGCGAUGUAAUCGCCGUGAAGUAUAAUAAAAAGGCGUACGAGUUGUCCGUUCUUGAAACGAAACCGGAAAACGCGAUCAGCAUCAUAGAAUGCGAUAUGAACGUGGAAUUUGCGGCGCCGGUCGGGUACAAGGAGCCAGAGAAGGUGAAGAAGGUCGAGGAAGAGAUGUCCGUGGAUCCGGCGGAUCUGAUGCCGGAGCCUUCAGGAUUUGUGGCGUUCGCCGGCACCGGGAACCGACUGGAUGGGAAACGGCGUAAGGAUUCCACGUCCGUGGAUGCGGCGCCCUCGAAGCCGCUCUACGUGCGGGGAAUUCCCGAUUACAAUUACAUGCCGGGCCAUUUGAAGUUCAUCCGGCGAGUCGACAAGCCAGGAAACAGUAGCAAAGACAAGGAUGACGGCGGCGAUGAUUUUAAAGCUUUCAGCGGUAGCGGCAACUGUCUCGUUAGUCGCGCAUGAUGGUAACUUCUUGCUUUAUUUCUAUUAUUUUAUUAUUUACUGAAAAUAUCUUUAAUUAUAGUUAACUUUAUGUCUGUACAAUAAAUUAUUUUUCGAUAUUCCCAACCUUUUCCUUUUUAGAAAACUUCUAAUAUUAGAUCUUUAUUGAAGUCUUCUUAGCAAGUACACUUUAUUACAUA